GAACUCCACUUGAAGCAAACCCCAAAAAAAACACACACACAAGACUUGUCUUACAAAACAACCAAGUCUUCAAGAAACUUGGAAAGCUAAGAGCUAUGGCUAUGGAGUUAGAGCUUGAUGAUGAUAUCUUCUUUGCAGACAUAAGCAAACAGAUCUCUCUUCUUAUCAUGGAUGAAGAUGAACACUUAAACCCUGUUUCUCUCUCUUCCUCCUCCUCCUCUCUCUCAUUCCAGGGUUUGUUCAGAGGAGGUUACCAAACGGCUCCGUAUAUGUAUCAACAAGAACAGAGCAAAGGGACUGGUGUGUUCAUCCCUAAAUCAUCUCAGCCUAGAAGAAGACCUCAUCAUCAUCAGAAGCAAGGUAGCUUUCAUCGUACGGCCAAGAUCCGUCAAAAUUCCCAUCAAGUCCCGUCACGGCGUCACGUCUUCAUCACUGGUGGAUCAAGCGGAAUCGGUCUCGCUCUCGCUCACCGUGCCGUCUCCGAAGGCGCUAAAGUCUCCAUCCUCGCUCGUUCAUCUGAAAAGCUCGCCGAAGCCAAACGAUCCAUCCAGCUAGCUACCGGUGUCGAGGUCGCUACGUUCUCUGCCGACGUUCGCGAUUACGACGCCGUUUCGAAGGCGGUUGACGAAUCGGGACCGAUCGAUGUGUUGAUUGUUAAUCAAGGCGUGUUUAUUGGGAAAGAGCUUGAGAAACAGAGUCCUGAGGAGGUUAAGUUCAUGAUUGAUGUGAAUCUCGUUGGGAGCUUUAAUGUGAUUAAGGCUGCUUUGCCUGCUAUGAAAGCUAGGGAAGGUCGUGGUCCUGCUUCCAUUUCUCUUGUAUCCUCUCAAGCGGGUCAGGCAGGUAUCUAUGGUUACACUGCAUAUUCAGCGAGCAAGUUUGGGCUUCAAGGUUUAGCGCAAGCAUUGCAGCAAGAAGUUAUUUCUGAUGACAUUCAUGUGACUCUUUUGUUUCCUCCUGACACUGAUACACCCGGGUUUGAAGAAGAACUGAAGAAGAGGCCAGAGCUAACAUCAAUCAUAGCCGCAUCAUCUGGCUCAAUGAAAACCAAUGAAGUAGCCAAGAUAUGUUUUGACGGAAUCAAAGCUGGAAAAUUCACAGUGACAUGCCAUUUUAUAGGCUUCUUACUAUCAAUUGCUAGCACCGGCAUGUCCCCUCAGGGAUCGUUUUGGCUUGCUCUCAUUGAAGUUAUGUUCGGUGGUCUAAUAAGACUAGCUAGCUUGGUUUUCCAGUGGCAAUGAGCUCUCAAAUCCUCCUCCAACUCUCGGAUUAUCAACCUCCAAGCCGUCGCCGAAACUAGCUCUGAAAUUGAAAGCAAUAGUGCUACUGACACAGCUGCUUUGACUCUACGUCAAAUCUGCCAAGGUUUUGUCCCCGAGCAUAUCUUGCACAGAAUGGAGGAGAUUGGGUUUAUCUCUCCCACGGAUAUUCAAAGAGAAGCUCUUCCUUCUUUGUUCACAGGCCGUGAUUGCAUACUCCAUGCUCAAACAGGUUCAGGAAAGACAUUGACUUACCUGUUACUCAUAUUCUCUCUUAUUAAUCCUCAACGAUCUUCUGUGCAAGCUGUUAUUGUUGUUCCCACUCGAGAGCUCGGUAUGCAAGUUACAAAAGUUGCUCGAAUGUUGGCUGCAAAAUCGGAGAUUGAUGUGAAAGGAUGUACAGUAAUGGCUCUCUUAGAUGGAGGGACGCUAAGAAGGCACAAAAGCUGGCUAAAGGCUGAGCCACCAGCAAUUUUGGUCGCUACGGUAGCAAGUUUGUGUCACAUGCUAGAAAAACACAUAUUUAGACUUGACUCAGUGAAAGUUCUUGUUGUAGAUGAGGUUGAUUUCUUAUUCUACUCAUCAAAACAAGUUGGUUCGGUGCGGAAGCUUUUGACAUCAUUUUCUUCAUGCGAUAAACGUCAGACAGUUUUUGCUAGUGCUUCCAUACCCCAGCAUAAACAUUUUGUGCAUGACUGUAUACAGCAAAAGUGGACAAAGAGGGAUGUUGUCCAUGUUCAUGUUAGCGCAAUCAUGCCCAUGCCUUUGUGCCUUCUUCACAGAUUUGUUAUGUGUGAGAAGACAAAAAAGCAUCAAGUACUGCUUGCCUUGUUAGAGUCUGAUACACCUGAAUCAGCUAUCAUUUUUGUCGGGGAGCAGUCUGAGAAGUCAAAAAAGGCUGGAAAUGAUCCAUCUACAACUCUACUAAUGGAAUUCCUUAAAACUUCAUAUAAAGGCUCGCUGGAGAUCCUCUUACUAGAGGGGGACAUGAAUUUCAAUUCACGAGCAGCUUCACUAACAGAAAUCAGGCAAGGAGGAGGGUUUCUUCUUGUUUCUACUGAUAUUGCAGCUAGAGGGAUUGAUCUACCAGAAACAACUCAUAUCUUCAACUUUGAUCUCCCACAAACGGUUACAGAUUAUCUGCACCGAGCUGGAAGAGCUGGUCGAAAACCCUUUUCUGACAGGAAGUGCAUUGUUGCCAAUCUGAUCACGUCGGAGGAGAGAUUUGUCUUGCAAAGAUACGAAAAUGAACUUAUGUUCAGCUGCGAGGAACUGAUGUUGUAGGUACAGUCUUACUUAUCCAGUACAUAAAAUUUUCAUAUUCGC